AUGAAUACUCAACGAUUGCCACUCAUGGAGAUCGAAAAUGAUGUGUCAAGCACACCCGUCGUAUCUGGUAGAAGGAAAUCAGGACGCGCCGUAAAAGCACCCGAGAAAUUCGUUCCAGAUUUACCAUCAUCUGCAAUUCGUUCGACAAACGCCAAAAGGAAGAGAUCCGAUGAAGAAGGAGAAGAUGACGCGUCAGAGGAAGAAGAAGUAGAAGUGGAAGAAGAGGAUGAGGACGAUGAAUUAGAGGAAGAAAGUGCGGGGGAAGAAGAAUUAAGAGAAGCUCGAAGGAAAGCCAAAACCUCCAAGAAGCCUGCAGCAAAGAAACCGAAAAUAAAUGGCACAGCUUCACAUGCUAGAGCGCCUGCUGUAAGAUUGCCAAAUCGACCCAAGAAAGCCAAGACGGUCGUGAUAGCAGAUGAGGAUGCUGAUGGACUUUAUGCUGAUGUUUAUACGAGCGGGCGACCAUCCGAUGAGAUUGUUUCUAGCUUUUUGGAAAAAUAUGCACAAAAUGGUCCCGGGGCUGUGGCAGAACUGAUAAAUUUCGUAUUGAAGAGUGCUGGGUGUGAUCUUGUUAUCAACGAGGAUGAUGUUAACGAUGCAGAUAAUGUCAAUGGGAAGAUUGCAGACCUUCAAGACGAACACCAAGCACAAAAUAUAUCCGAUUAUCCAUUAAUCUCACGAGUGAAGAAUAGCCAUGCCUUUCGUACCUCUUUCCUCGAUUUCUUCGACUCUUUAAAUAAAACCAUGAAUGCCUCUGGAGCACUUUAUGAUGAGGACGAACCAUUAAUGGAAAGCAUAUUUCAUUGGAUGGCUUCUAUGUCGUCUUCGAACCUACGACCUUUCAGACAUACUGCGACUGCCGUUGCUUUAACUAUUGCCACUUCUACCUGUCAAGUCGCGAAGGAACAAAUCGAAAUUGCUGCAAGAACAUUACGUCAACUCGAAGGAGAAAAGAAAAACAAAAGACCCAACAAAGGUAGACUGGCAGACUUUGAGAGGAAGGUUCGAGAAGGAGAAGGCAAGAAGGAGAUUUUAGAAGAACGAUUGAAGGAUAUUUUCGAUACAAUUUGGGUUCACAGAUAUCGAGAUGUUGACCCGAAAAUCAGGACAGAAUGUAUCGAAGCACUGGGCCUUUGGAUCCAUACUCUACCUGGUUAUUGGUUCGAUGGGCAAUAUUUACGAUACCUGGGAUGGAUGCUUACAGAUUCGGCUUCGAGUAUGCGACUCGAAGUGGUUAAACAACUCCAAAGAAUUUUGAAGAAUUCUAGCAACGUUUCAAGGAUGGGUACAUUCAUCGAACGAUUUAGACCUCGGAUUAUCGAAAUCGCCACAAGAGAUUCGGAUGCUGCUGUUAGGUCAAAUGCAGUUGAUUUGGUUGAUAUACUUCGAAAGGGAGGAAUGCUGGAACCAGAUGAUAUUGAUGUCAUUGGAAAACUCAUUUUCGACUCGGAACCCAAAGUACGCAAAGCUGUUGUUGCAUUUUUCGUUGAGAAUGUUAAAGAUGUUUUCGAUGAAAAAAUUGAGCAACUGGGCGGAGAAGAUGCCUUGGAGGAAAUUUUGACAGUUGACGAUGAUGAUUACGAUUCGCCUCGUGCUAGUUGGAUAAAACUCAAGUGUCUCGCAGAGGUUCUACAAAAUUAUGAUAUUUCUGACGAGGAUGAGAUGCCAAACCAAAUGGAUCAAGCGACUAUCGAACAUUAUUUAGACCUUUCCGGUGGGGAGUCAAGAUUUACUCUUGCGGCUCAAGCGCUAUACGAAAAGAUGUCGGAGCUCAAAGAAUGGGAAGUUUUGGCCGGUUACCUACUUCACGAUCAUUCAUCUAAUCCCAAAGGCAAGGGAACCAAUCGAGCAUUGAAGGAAUGUUUCAAACCAGAAGAGACCGAGGAGAUUAUUCUGCUAGAGACAUUAAAUGCAGUGGUCAAGCUUAAUCUAAACCAACUCAGCGAGCCAGAAAAAUCACGAGAUAAAAAUAAGAAGAGAAAUGCUAGAGCAGAAUCAGCAGAGAUCAAAGAGACAACAGCUCGUCAUUUAGCAGAUAUUAUUCCAAGGUUACUCAAGAAAUUUGGAGCCCACCCAAAAACUGCAACUGCCGUCUUACGUUUGGAACAUUCGUUGAACCUUGGUGUCUUUCAAGAACUACGACAAGGCUCAACGGGAUAUGCUAAAUUACUUGACGAGAUCACUGCUCAAUUCAGUGGCCACGCUGAUAAGAAUGUUCUUACUGAAGCAAGUGCAGCAAUAUUACAUGCGCGAAGUUAUGAAGAGUUUGAAGAUGUCACAGAAAGCAAACUUCAAACACUGUGGGAGGAUACCACAAAUAUACUCCAAAAUAUCAACAAAGCUGGUGCAAUAUCUGUUAGAGGAGAUUUUACAGAUUCAAUUCUUGUAGAACUUUCGACCAAUCUUUCAAAGGUGGAAAAGCUCGCAAGUAUUUCAAAUUGUGUUGAAAUUCUCGAAGCCGAAGUUGAUAGUCAAACUCCAUCUCCUAUUAGCAUCAUUUUGGACGUUGUUGCAAGAGGUCAGCUUGAGGAAUCGAAUCCAGACAUUGAUGCUCAAGAGGAUGAAAUUGUUAUAUCGGCUAUUCGUUCGGCCAUGUUCUAUUUCAUGUGGAAAGUACAUUCGUUGACAAGAUCAAUCUCGUCGGGUGAAGAGAUACCAGACGCUGACAUCGAUUCACUCAAAGAUUGUCAAGAAACCUUUAAUCAAAACCUUGUCGCCGCUCUAUCUUCUCGAGGUACCCUUGAUCCAGUUCGUUUACUUGCAACUGGUACUCUUCUCGAUCUUCACGUUUUAUUCGCCACUCUACGACCUCAAGCUACUGCCGUUGGACAAAAAGAUCCCCAAAACCAAUCCGAGAACCUCCAAUCCCUUUUCAAACAAAUCUCCCCAGAAGCUCAAACUGAAUUAACCUCCAUCUUUGACCAUGCCGAGAAACACUAUGCGAAAAAAGCCAAGAAACGUUUAGAAGAGCCCGAUGACGACGAAGCUCCUGAAGAUGAACCCGAAGACUCGGAUGACGAAGAUGAGGAAAUCACAGAAAAUGAACGACAAAGUGAAACUCUCAAGGCCGAACAACAACUUUGUGAAUUGACUGGAAAACUUAUCUUGGCUAUCCUCGCAAAAGUCAUCGAUGCCUCGGGACCUAUGAAGGGAAAAUUACGUAAACGUAUUGAGAGAAAUCGAACCAGAUUGGGCCAUAAUUUCAAGGAAGUAGUUGCGUAUCUCGAUGAGCCCAAAGAAAAGGUCAAGAAAAGCCAUAAGAGUAAAGCUCAACAAGCAGCAGCGGAGGCAGCUGCACAGGCAAAGAAAGAAACUCUUAGGUUGGAGUUGGAGGAUGAAGAUGAAGAAGAGGAAGAAGAUGAUGAUCCUUUUGCGGAUGCCGAACCGGAAGAGGGAUCGAGGGAAGAUUUGAAAAAGAGAGAAUUAAUCGAGGAUGUUAGUGGUGAUGAAGAAGAAGUCGAGGGAGAGGGAGAUGGAGAUGCGGAGGAAAAUGGAGAUGUGCCUGAGGAGGAUGAGGAUGAAGAUAUGUUAGGGGAUUGA